CCCCCCUCUUCUUAUCCUAUCAUUGUUUUCAGGGACUUAUCCCCCGUGACUCGCGAUGGCUUCGAAUCAUGAAUCCAGUCAUGCAUCAUACCAUGAAAAGGGGCAGACUACCGUUGCCGUGCUUGAUGAGCGUCGUCGUGCGGCUCUAGCAGAAAUCGAUAACGCGCCCUUCUCUUGGUUCCAUGUCAAGGUUUGCCUAGUUGCUAGUGUGGGCUUCUUCACCGAUGCCUACGAUAUCUUUGCCAUUAACAUCGCUUCCGUAAUGUUGGGCUUUGUCUAUGGUCACACAAAAAAUCAGCUCAGCAGCAACCAAUCUUUGGGUGUGAAGGUAGCUACUCCCGUUGGGAACUUGGUUGGCCAAGUUCUUUUCGGGUGGCUCGCAGAUGUCGUCGGCCGGAAGCGGAUGUAUGGCGUUGAGCUAAUGAUCAUGAUCAUCGCCACAUUUGGUCAGGCUCUCGCUGGUCAGGCUCCAGCAGUAAGCAUUCUAGGUGUUAUCAUCGUCUGGCGUUUCAUCAUGGGGAUUGGUAUCGGCGGUGACUACCCAUUAAGUGCCAUCAUUUCCUCAGAAUUCGCUGCUACACGUUCGCGUGGUCGUCUCAUGACUGCCGUGUUCGCCGCACAAGGAUGGGGUCAAUUCGCUGCUGCUCUCGUCGGUAUCAUCGUCGUAGAAGCAUAUAAGGAUUCUAUCCUCAGUGCUCCGUUUCCUUGCAUUGUCCCUGUUGACCAUAUCUGGCGUCUUUUGAUUGGUUUUGGAUGUGUCCCUGGUGUUAUUGCACUCUACUUCCGUCUCACCAUCCCGGAGACUCCUCGGUUCACCAUGGACAUCGAGCGCAAUAUUGCACAGGCCACUACAGAUAUUGACAACGUGUUGACAACCGGGAAGUCUGUCCAUGACGAAGAUGCCCCGGUCCAACGUGUCCAAGCCCCGAAGGCAACCCGUGCAGAUUUCCGAGCAUACUUCGGCCAGUGGAAGAACUUGAAAAUUCUUAUCGGCACUGCCUACUCGUGGUUUGCCCUCGAUAUCGCUUUCUACGGCCUUGGCCUCAACAGCUCAAUCAUUUUGGCGGCAAUCAACUUCGGAAACCCCUCUAGCGCAAAAACGUCCCUCUAUAUUUAUGAGUACUUGUACAACAUUUGUGUUGGAAAUCUUAUCCUCUCCCUCGCGGGGUUGAUUCCAGGAUAUUGGGUAUCUUUCUUUUUUAUCGACUCCUGGGGCCGCAAGCCCAUUCAAUUGAUGGGCUUCAUCGUACUCACCAUCCUUUUCAUCAUCAUGGGAUUCGCUUAUGAUAAGUUGAAUGGCACCCUCUCAAACCAGAGAGUUUUUGUCUUCCUGUACUGCCUCACCAACUUCUUCCAAAACUUUGGUCCUAACACGACCACUUUCAUUGUUCCGGGAGAAGCUUUCCCAACUCGUUACCGUUCAACUGCACACGGUAUCUCUGCUGCAUCUGGCAAAUUUGGAGCUGUCAUAGCCCAGGUUGGCUUUUCUCAGCUAGUCAACAUCGGUGGCAAGAACGCAUUCAUACCACAUAUUAUGGAGAUUUUUGCUUUUUUCAUGUUGACUGGUGUUUUCUCGACACUUCUCAUCCCCGAAACAAAGCAAAGAUCGCUUGAAGAUAUUUCGAACGAGGAGCAGGAAGGCUACAUUCAAGGUGUUUCUGAAGCGACACCCUAGACAUGAACCGCUGUCCAGGACACCGUGAAAACGGUUUUUUGCAAUGGACCACGUCCAGUAUUUAUAAGCACUUUCCAUGUCUCCUCAGUUUGUAUUGGUACACGCUACUCGUGUCAACAGCCAAUAAAUAGUACAUUUAAUGACAAUGAAAGAUCUUAUCAGCUGUGUAGUGUUAGUCUAAACUCGCCCUUUUUGGCAACCGGACGCAUUGAGGA